CGAGUGGAACUCAGGACGCCGACACGGGCGCGUUUCCCUCGUCAGUCGUUCACGCUCGUCAUCAUUCGUAGGCUCGACUCCGUUCGCAGGCGCGACGGCCGGCUGCACUUCUCCUCGGUUGCACUUAGCUGCACACGCUCCGCACUCCGUUCCAACACGUCGAGCGCGCACGCACGGCACCGGCGGAUCGACCCACGUACGCGACCCAGAGGAACGCGCCCAGGGCCUAGAGAGAGAUAGAGGAGAGAGCGAGGAAGAGAAAGAGAAAGAGAGAGAUCAGCUGUUCCCUCGCGACACUUUUCUCCGUUGAAAGGAAAACAGGAUGAGGGAGAUCGUGCAUCUGCAGGCCGGACAAUGCGGCAACCAGAUCGGCGCGAAGUUCUGGGAAGUUAUUUCCGAGGAGCACGGCAUCGACCAGUCGGGCAUUUAUCAUGGAGACAGCGAUCUGCAGCUCGAGCGAAUCUCCGUAUAUUACAAUGAAGCAUCUGUCGCGACGUCCACAAACGGGGGAAAAUACGUGCCGCGCGCGAUCUUGCUGGACUUGGAGCCCGGAACGAUGGAUGCCGUUCGUUCCGGCGCUUACGGGAAACUCUUUCGACCGGACAACUUCGUGUUCGGGCAAUCCGGCGCUGGCAAUAACUGGGCGAAGGGUCAUUACACCGAAGGUGCCGAGUUGGUGGACUCCGUCCUCGACGUGGUGAGGAAGGAGUGCGAGAAUUGCGACUGCCUUCAAGGCUUCCAGCUCACUCACUCGCUGGGAGGUGGUACCGGAUCCGGUAUGGGCACCUUGCUGAUCUCCAAGAUCCGCGAGGAGUAUCCUGACCGAAUCAUGAAUACUUACUCGGUAAUGCCAUCGCCCAAAGUGUCCGACACAGUUGUGGAACCUUACAACGCGACGCUGUCGGUGCAUCAAUUAGUGGAGAACACCGACGAAACCUAUUGCAUCGACAACGAGGCCUUAUACGACAUCUGCUUCCGCACAUUGAAGGUUUCUAACCCGAGUUACGGCGAUCUCAAUCACCUGGUCUCGCUCACGAUGUCCGGAGUAACCACUUGCCUCAGGUUCCCCGGCCAGCUGAACGCCGACUUGCGGAAGCUCGCGGUGAACAUGGUGCCUUUCCCACGCCUACACUUCUUCAUGCCGGGCUUUGCGCCGCUCACGUCCAGGUCCAUGCAACAGUACUCCGCGCUUUCCGUGCCGGAGCUCACCCAGCAAAUGUUUGACGCGAAGAACAUGAUGGCGGCCUGCGACCCUCGCCAUGGCCGGUACCUUACCGUGGCGGCCGUCUUCCGCGGCAGGAUGUCCAUGAAGGAGGUCGACGAGCAGAUGCUCAGCGUGCAGAACAAAAACAGCUCAUAUUUUGUCGAGUGGAUACCGAACAACGUGAAGACCGCGGUCUGCGACAUCCCGCCGAAGGGACUGAAGAUGUCGUCGACCUUCAUCGGCAACACAACCGCCAUUCAGGAGCUGUUCAAGAGGAUCUCCGAACAGUUCACGGCGAUGUUUAGGAGGAAGGCCUUCCUGCAUUGGUACACUGGCGAGGGUAUGGACGAGAUGGAGUUCACCGAGGCGGAGUCGAACAUGAACGACCUGGUGUCCGAGUACCAGCAGUAUCAGGAAGCCACGGCGGAGGAGGACUUCGAGACGGAGGAGUGCGCCGACGAUUUCGAGACCUGCGAGCAGGAAUGAGCUGGCUGAGACUGGCUCCCUUCUUCUCUGGAUUUACCUUCAGCUUCUCUGUCCGUCAUCAUAGGAGCUCCCUCCUAUCGAUCGUGUGCUCUCGAGGAGCAGCAUUUUGAUACUUUUAUAUACGAUGCGCUUUGUAACCGAGGCGGCGAAUGUAAUACAGGCGAUCGAGAUCAUUUUCUAAUGAUUUUUUGUGAUACCUUGAGUGUCUUUUUGCAAGAAAUAUACUUAAGAAGACGAACAUUCGCGGGCAACCGCAUUGCGAUAUGAUAACGUGAGGUACGAUUAGAACGUGGCGAGGUUUCCGUCUCAAUUGAUCUCGGAUACGCUUUUAUUACAUUCGGCUUCACUAGUGAUAAUUACAUGAAUCUUGAUAUGUCGCUUGGAUGAACGUGGCAUGGACUGGAUUGCAAUAAAAAUCCUUGAAAACCA